AUGUCGUUCCCAGCUAUUUUUCAAUGGCUUGUAUCUGCCGUAACAUCACCACAUUCCAAAAUUCGGGGUCUGUCUGCUCUGCUUCAGGCAUCUUCCCGCAAUCCCAAGAAGGAUGACUAUCAUCGUCAGCAGAAAAAUAUAAUAAACCUUCUCAAGGGAAGUUCAUAUACAAUCCCUCGCCUUGAGAAAUGUCUCGAGGGGUGGUAUAUGGGAGUCAACCCGGCGUACGAAAAGAUAAAAGCUGGGGAGGGCGAAUUUCUGAGAGAGUAUGUUGAGCUUAUGUUGCAUAAUCUUGGAGAUACCAAUCUAACAGCUUUCUCAAUACGAAGAUGGAUUGAACGAGACAACUUGAGAGAGAUGGCAGUCAAAGUUGACCUGAGUCUCUGCAUUGCUUGCUUUUUCCCUCGAACAACGGAAGAGAAAUUGCAAGUUCUCUUCGAAAAGAUGGCAUGGGUAUAUGUUGACAGUUUCCUCACGUCAGAAGAAUUUGUGAGGCAGGAUCCGGCUGCCUUCGUAAAGUACUGGCUUGACCCGAACCGCAGCGGCCCAGAACCAUAUGUUCUCCCAAGCUGCAUCAUCUACCGUACCGUUGGCCCCAAGCUUGCGGUAGGGUGGUCAAAAGAAUCCAAGGCCCAAUUUCAGAAGACGACAGUUGAAUAUAUUGACUGCUUAAUGGAAGUUAGCAAACAGCGAGAGAAGUACUUACCAUCGCUAGAGGAAUACAUUGAGGGAAGGAUAAUCAAUAUUGGAGUAUAUCCAACGCUCGACUUGAUACCCUACGCCGCUAAUAUCGAGGUAUCCGACGAAGUGCUGAGACACGAGUCAGUGCAGACAAUACGAUGGCAUAUUGUCCGAAUUAUAUGCCUAAUGAACGAUAUCUUCUCGGUUAAGAAGGAGAUUAAAGACUGCCAGUUCGAUAACAUAAUCCCUCUUCUUUUGGUUCACAAGGGAAUGAGUGUCCAAGCUGCAGUGGACUACACCGUUGGUUUAAUAGAAGAAUCAUAUCGGAUUGUGAAUGCGGCAGGGGCUCGUCUCCCGAAACUCGAUGGUAAAGCCAAAGAAGAUUUAGAUACCUAUAUCGAGCAGUGCAAAGAUCAGGCUGCAGGGAGCAUAUAUUUCCACCAAUACUCACCGAGAUACCUCCCCAGGUCUGCUUUCCAGGGAGACAAGAUUGUUGUUCAGUUAUAA